AACGUUUUGGGAACGUUACGAUGAAAACGGGCUGUUUUGACUGGCUGCUGGUCCCCACCUUUCCAUUUUAAUGAUAUCGAAUAUACUUUUUAUGCGGAACCAGUGUAAAUCCGUACUAUUUCAACCUUGCUUUCAUCUUAACCCCUCAUUCCAUUUUAUUCACUUUAUCGGGCUUUGCCACAUUACUCCCUGGGAACGUCACACACAUAUCAUGCAUAUCGUACUGUGUACCACCGGGGUGUACAUUGCAUGCAGCACUCAUUGAUCCACGUGUCGUCGUAGUAAAAUGGGGGGAGUUAUGAAAUGUCUGUUGUUAGGGAAAUUUGGCAAUCCAUGGAACUAUCCAUCACCAUUUUGCCAUGGCCGACGCCUGUUCUCAAGAAGUGCAAGAACAUGUGAGAAAAGAGCAGUUAAACUCGCGUACAAUGUUGUGGGACCUGCAUCACUCACGGACAACUCUCCAGUUGUUAUACUCCAUGGACUAUUUGGCUCAAAGAGCAACUGGGCCACUUUUGCUAAGAAGAUUCACAGAGAAACACAGAGAACCAUUUUCACCGUUGACGUGCGUAACCAUGGAAACAGUGAGCAUGGUGAUGGGAUGGGGACGGAGGCCAUGAGAGAUGACCUCCUGAUGCUGAUGAGGAACGAACUCCGGCUGGAUCGCUGCAUUCUGAUUGGUCAUAGCUUGGGAGGCAGAAUCGCCAUGGUUACUGCAUUGAGUAAGCCUCAUCUGAUAGACAAACUUGUAGUUGUUGAUGUAUCUCCAGUGCCUACCGGCAGCGCGUUUCAGAUUCCUGAGUUCAUUGCUGCAAUGAAGGCAGUAGAAUUUGACCAGUCUGUCUCCUUGGCACAAAAUAGAAAGAAUGCCGGGAAACAACUACAAGCAGUUAUUAAGGAUGUGGGUCUAUUGCAGUUUAUUUUGACUAAUGUUACCGAGCGUGACGGUGUAUGUCAAUGGAGACUGAACCUAGAUGGUCUGGAGGCUGGUAUACCAGAUCUCCAUGCUGACCUACCAACAUUCAAUAACACUUAUGAUGGCCCAGUGGUCUUCAUAAGGGGGAGCAGGUCGAAUUAUAUUAGAAUGGAUCACCUUCCUGCAAUGAAGAAGCUUUUCCCUACUGCAACAAUUGCAACAGUAGAGGGCGCCGGACACUUUGUUCAUUCCGAAAAGCCUCGAGAGUUCCUGGAGACUGUUGCACCGUUUUUGAGAAGCUAACAGCAAGUGUGGACAUUGCGAAUUGGUUUUUGACGUUGGUGACACACGUUGGUUUCGUGUAUUCCAAAUGGCACUCUCUGAGAAGCAGUAUCAACUAGUCUGGACAUCACCCAAGUCACACCUGGAAAGCUCAGUAUGUAGAGGUCUACUAUUGUACUCUGGCAGUUACAGGUUUUAAAAAUGGGUCAAUAUUCAGUGAUCUACCACACUUUGUAUAAAGUGUAUGUGAGUCAGUUUCUCCUUGUGGUUCAUUUGAUAUUUUGAAAUAACAAGACAAUUCCAGCGAUUCACAACUCAGUGCUCCACCGAUAGUUUGCCAUGGAGUGUCCAUUUUUCAAGUUUCAGUUGACAAAAUAGUGGCCCAUUUGAAUGAGAGUCUCAAGACAACUUGAGCUAAUUUGUUAUAGAUUGGGGCAAAGCAUUCUGCCGUCUUACAAAAAACACUAUAUUGAUAAAAAGACAAUAAAAGGGCAAAUUUCACAUGCUUACAAAACUACUGUCAGCAAAAACGAACAAUUUCAAAUGUCCCACGCUGCGAAUUUGUCGACCAUCUCCCACAAUGCAAUUAACUCUCUGAGGCAAACUCUUGGUGGCGUACUGCAUUGUGAAUCACCAAAAUUCAAGCAUGGUUAAGCCCGCUGGGAUCAGGAAAAAGAUGUAGGGCCUAUCAUACAUCAGUGGCAUUCAUCUGCCAUUUCCUAUGUUUGCUAGGAACAUUGCUAAUGCUGCUUUCAUCAUGACUUUGGUUGUUAUUUCUAGCCAAAUGGAAUGUGUUGGUUGAGACUCCAUUUAACAUGUUCCUCCAAACAGAAGCUUAUUUCAUGUUAGCUCCAUGCAUGUUACACCAUUGCUAUCGUAAAGUGGCAUUUCGUGGAGCCAGCAGACUAUAAACGUAACAACCGCUACAUUUUCAUUGUAACUUCAGAAAUUACUUUACAUUGUCUUGAAAAAACACUGAUAAAGCUGUCCACAAUAUGGUUGUCAGUACAUACAAAUACUUUCAUUGCUUUGCUAGAAGGACUAUUAGGCUUUGUCUGUAUGCUUAUUCUUUCUUUCAAAUGUGUGUUCCAAAGUCCUUUGAAGUCCAUAUUUGACAGGCAGCACCACAAAGUUCUUUAAAAAUCCAGUCCAGAAAUGAUUGCAUCUGCAAGCUCUCAGGCUGAACAAGUCUGCCUGCUGGAAGGUAUAGGCCUAGACCUUGCGUUUAUUCACCAGUCAACUCUUUAGAAUUACUUCAAUAUCCUUUCCGAGGUGUAUUGCUGUCAAAGAUUUCGAGUCUGGACACUUUUUUUUCGAAGUGAGCUUUAAACUCACCUCUGCUGUGCACCUUGAAUGAGCGUGCUUAUCAGCAAGUUCUUGCUCUGUGUUGAUUACUUGAGGUGGGGUUUGGUACCUCCGAGGGUAGCACUACUCUUCUCUGCCAUCUCAGUGGGGCCUGUUGCUGCUUCCUUACUCAUCGUUGCAAACAUCUUCCCCUCACAUGCUUUGAAAAUGAAUAACCCUAAGACCAGAAACUUGGUAGUCUGCUUGGUGUCUUUUUUUUGGCUCCCACAGGUUGUGCAAGAACCCCAUUAAAAGAAAUUUAAGGCGAAAAAAGAUAACCUUAGUGAAAUGUGACAUUAGGUCACAGCAAUUUGGAAGUCAAAGGUCCAAAUUAUACAGGAUAUUGUAACAUAUAGAAUUUGAAUAUAGUCUUUGGGAUGUUUGACUUUACUUACAUGUUAGGAUACAGUAGAUGUGGCUAAGAGCAGGAUGAACGAUGACUACGAAGAAUACAAAGACACACUGGUAUGAGCUCAGCUAUAUGGAGAAACUAUUUUAUUCCCAAGAACUCAAUUAAAACCUGGUCUUGUAUAAUUACAGAAGUAGGAGACAGAAGACAGAAUAUCGUAGAUGAAGACUGCAACAAUAAACAAUGACAAUGAUAUAUUUGGCUAUAUAAGCAAUGUGCACAAAAUAUAUGGUGAAAAACGAGUGAUGAAAGAAAACACAGAAAUUAAAAGGGUAUAAAACAAGGAAAAUGGUACAAAAAUAUGCCAAAACAAAAUAAGCUGGGCACCGUCAGCGUUGGUCCGUCGGCGAUGCACUGUCCACAGGGAUGAUUGGCACUUGCAGGACUGGAUGAACUGGCUGGACACAGCUGGGAAGACGACGAGAAGUACGGAGGACGGAGAGGACAGGAACAGGAACAGGAACAGGAACUGGAACACAGCUAGUUGAGAAACAGGAACAGUUAGAAGACAGGAACAGUUCGGAAGAAAAGACACACAAGGUUGAGACAUGGAGAGAUGGCUUGAAAACAACAGGAACAACAGGAGUGGCAACAGGAACUGGGCAGAGAGGCUGGAACAGGUCCAAUCAGCCACGGGGAGACGGCUCAGGAAGUGCAGAAAGGGGGACUUUGGCGAGCCAUUAAAAACGGGAACAAACAGGACAACUGGAAACUGGAACAGGCAGGACUUCUGGAACAGGCAGAAACUGGAAGCAGGAACAGGUAGAAAUAGGAGCAGGAACAACAGGAACAGCAGAAACAGCAGGAACAGGCGACAAAGUUAGUUGCAGAUGAGAUGUAGAACUAGAAGAGGUGUCACUUCAACGGCAUGUGCGGGUAAACACUCGCUUCUACCAGUGUAACAUAUAGAAUUUGAAUAUAGUCUUUGGGAUGUUUGACUAUACUUAUAUGUUAGGAUACAGUAGAUGUGGCUAAGAGCGGGAUGAACAAAGACACACUGGUAUGAUAGAUUUAAAUAAU